AUGACGGACACCAACGCGUCUUCUCAGUGGUUGUUGCUGCAAUCGCUGGAAUUGUCUUGGAUUCAAGUCUAUCCAUCGUUUGUGUUUGGCGCUUUAACUUAUCUAAUUAUUGUCGUUUGCAACUUGCUGGUGACGGCGACCAUCGCCAUGAACAAGAAGCUCCACAAGCCCAUGUUCAUCCUGCUCUUCAACUUGCCUCUAAGCGACCUGCUGGGAGCUACGGCUUUCUUCCCGCAAUUUUUAUUCAGCAUCCUCUCGCACAAUAGACUCAUUUCUACCGACGCGUGUAUGCUACAAGCGUUUCUUAUUCACGUCUACGGCACGGCAAAUUUGUUAACUUUAACCGCCAUGGCGUACGACCGAUAUAUCGCUAUAUGUUCGCCUUUGAGGUACCACGUUAUUAUGAGUCCAAAGAAGCUCGUUAAAAUUAUAUUUUUUAUCUGGUUCAUCGAUUUAUCCAUGAUGGCCGUCCUGUUUGCGUUGUUCGCACGGCUCACGUUUUGCAGUCGUAAAAUCGUGGAUUUGUUUUGUAACAAUCCGUCGCUGCUGAAGCUGACUUGCGAGGACAAUACCGUGAACAACAUUUACGGUUUGGCCGGCGUGGUUUUUCUGCAAGGCGGCACUUUAUCGAUAGUGAUAUACACCUACGCGCAAAUACUUCGAGUGUGCGUUAUGACUAAUAAUACGGACACGCGCAAAAAGGCGAUACAGACGUGCGGAACGCAUUUGACCGUUUUUGUCAUCCUGCAAGUCAAUACCGUUUUCACGCUGCUGGCGCACAGGAUUGAAAGCGUCUCGCCGCCAAUGAGGAGGCUGCUCGGUUUGUCUGUUUUAGUCUUUCCGCCUUUUUUGGACCCCAUGAUUUACGGGCUGAAACUCACUGAGCUGAAGGAAAGCAUUCACUUCGUUCUAAGAAAGACGCUAAGCAAAUUGCGUCGGAAGUGA